CUUGUACAUUACUUCAGUAUGCAAAUCGGUAUUUUUGAUGGACAUCUAAAAUAUAUCGUUUAAUAUACUAAAUGGUACUAAAAAUCAAAAGUAAAAAAAAAACAAAAUGCACUCCCUUUUCGGAAAUUCAAAGUCAUCAAAUUUUAUCAAAUUAAGUGCUAAUCUCAGAGCUAUUAAAUAUGAGAAAAAUCAUGUAUUACGUAAUCAAUUUAACUUAAAUUUGGAAAAAUAUUAUUCAAAUGGAUAUGCUUUCGCUUAUAUUGCAAGUGGAUCUUGUGACCAGAAACAAAGAUGGAAUAAUGUGACAAAUAAAGGUAUAAAAAAUGUAUCUAACUAUGCUAAGCCGUACUCACAAUCACAUUGUGGCGUUCCUCUACUUGCAAAUCCAUUUUUAAAUUCAUCUCUUACAACUCGAAAUUUUUCACUUACGGCUAUAGUAUUAGAUAAAGAUCCAUUAAAGCCUUCUUCCAAAGUAGAAGAAACAGUAAAGGCAAUUAAAGAACAAGCAAAAGAAAUCAGUGAUAAGACACCAUCAACACAAGUGAAGAAGAAGUGGCGAACAAUUGUUUGGGAAGAAGUUGUGCAUUACUACAAUGGCUUCAGAUUAUUAUUCAUUGAUGUUAGAUUAUCAACAGCUCUAUGUAUAAGACUUCUUCGAGGUAAACCGUUAACUCGAAGAGAGCAUCGUAUGUUAGUACGAACCGUUGGAGAUAUAUUUCGACUUGUACCAUUUUCUGUGUUUAUUAUAGUACCAUUUUUAGAAUUUACAUUACCUAUAUUCUUAAAAUUUUUCCCGGGAAUGUUACCAUCAACUUUUCAAACCGCCAAAGAUAUUGAUACUAAAAUGAGAAGUUCAUUGAAAGUUAAACUUGAAAUGGCAAAAUUUUUACAAGAAACAUUAGAUUGUAUGGCUGUUCAAAAUAAAGACCGCAUGUCACAAUCUGCUAAAGAAUUUACGGAAUGGUUUCAUAAAGUUCGAACAACAGGCGCAGUUGUUAGCAACGAAGAAAUUCUAAAGUAUUUAAAAGUUUUCGAAGAUGAAAUCACUUUAGAUACAUUAGAUCGUUCUCAAUUAAUUGCCCUUUGUCGUGUAGUUGAAGUUCAAACAUUAGGUCCGUCAAGUUUUCUUCGAUAUCAAUUACGAAUGAAAUUGCGAAACUUAGCAGCUGAUGAUAAAAUUAUCCAAAGAGAGGGAAUUGAAUCGCUCUCUUUAUCAGAAAUUCAACAAGCAUGCAAAGCUCGUGGAAUGCGUGCUUACGGGAUGUCGGAAGAAGCACUUCGAAAACAAUUAAGACAGUGGAUAGAUCUUAGUUUAAAUCAUAAAGUUCCACCAUCUUUAUUAUUAUUGACUAGAGCAUUAAUGCUACCAGAAACUGUACCACCAGGCGAUCAAUUAAAAACUACCAUUUGUACUUUACCAGAAAAUAUAAUAACACAAACUAAAGCAGCGAUUGGUGAAAAAGAAGGUAAAAUUGACAAUAAAGUUAAAUUAGAAUUAAUAAAGGAGGAAGAACGAAAAAUGAAAGAAGAAAGAAAAGAAAUUUUAGAAAUAGAGAAGAGGAAAGCUCAAGAAGCUCAAGAAAUUCUUAAAGAUCCUGCACCAAUAUUAAGCACAAAAGCUGAUGAAUUAACAGAUAAUGCUCCAAAUAUUUCUUGUACAAAUAAAGAUUUUGAAGUAUUGGAGGAUGCUUUAGAUCAAAUUGGAAAAGAGAAGAAAAAAUUAAUCAUUGAAAAGGAAGAAAUUGAAGAUUUGAAAGAAGAAAUGGCUGAUUAUAAAGAGGACGUUAAAGAACUGAAAGAAGUUACAAUGGCAACAUCUACGAGUCCAAAAAGUGAUAUAAAAGAAUCGAAAGGGGCUAAACGACUAUAUAAUAAAGUGAAUAAUAUGAUUAAUAAACUGGAUAAAGUUCUUAAUCAAUUAGAGAAAAAAGAAUCACAAAUAAAAGAAGAUUUAAAACAACCACAGGCAAUUGCUGCUGUCGAAGAGCCAGUGAUUAGUGACCAAUUAGUUCAAAUCGAUGAAUUAAUGGCGGCUAUUCGAAAAAUUACAAACGAUCCUGAUAAUGCUCGAUUAGAUCUUAUUGAACGAGUACUAGGUAAAAUAGAUGACGAUCGAGAUGGUUCUAUUAAAGUUGAAGAUGUUCUCAAGGUGAUUGAAGCCAUUGGCAAAGAAGAUGUACAAUUAAGCCCAAAACAAAUAGACGAAUUAAUCGAAUUAAUUGAUAAGGAAGAAUUAUUAGAAGUAGAAGAUAAAAUUGAGAAAGCUUUGCACAAAGAUAAAGAACUCAAACUUAGUCAAAGUACACAAAACCAAGUAUCAGAUAAAACUACAAAGACCGAUUCUGUUCUACAAUCGAAUAUAACACCACCUAUAACUUUGGAUCCAAAACAAUCCUCAAAAGAUUCUCCUACUAAAUCAAUUUAAACAAAAUUUAAAAAAAUAAACAUAACAAAACUUAUUCAGCGCUGCGCUGCUGUUUAUAAUUUCCAUUAGGUAAUUUUUUUUUUAGUUAAUUUUUUUUUAAAUUUUUA